AUGUGCCGGUAUUUCAUAUCAGUCGUACUGAUCCUGGCUUUGAGUAAUUUGCAUGAAGGAUGUGCGUCGAGAAUACUCUGCGUAUUUCCGUAUCCGUCGAUUAGUCAUCAAAUCGUAUUUCGGAGAUUGACUCUGGCAUUGAGAGAGCGAGGCCACGAACUCGUUGUUGUGACUCCGAAUCCGAUCAACGAUCCGAAGCUGAAGAACUUCACGGAGAUAGAUAUAAGCUUUCUGUACAAGCCCAUGGAUUUGGAUUGGAUGGGGGUUGGAAAAACUUACUCGUGGUAUGAAGCCCAGGUGAAACUAUUACCGAAGUACUUAUUGAUGACUGAAAGUAUCAUCAGUCAUCCAGAAUUGCAGAAACUGUAUAAACCAGACAGUGAAAGAAAAUUUGAUUUAUUAUUGCUUGAGCUGAUUCGUUGGCCUGUUUUUUUGUCUUUUGCAGAACAAUUCGGAAUUCCAGUCAUAGGGCUAUCCUCUACGGGUCUGGCUACCCAACAGCACUACGGAAUUGGCAACCCCAUAAUUCCUUCGCACCCAUCGCAUUGGAAAAGUGGAAUUGGCGCCCUUGAACACCCGACAUUUUGGCAAAGACUAUGCAACUUCGUAGAGACGUGGAGGUUUCUGUACUGGUACAGGACGACCUACAUGCAGAAGCAACAGGAAAUUGUGAGAAAAUAUUUUGGGAACGAUAUUUCGGAUCUUCGUGACUUGGAAAAAAAUAUCAGUUUGGUUUUCGUCAACCAACCAGCACCGAUUUCAUUCGUCAGACCAAAUGUUCCCAAUAUCAUCGAUAUUGGUGGGCUUCAGAUCUCUGAUUGGAUCCCGUCCUUACCGAAGGACCUUCAGAGAACCUUGGACAAAGCUACGCAAGGUUUUGUAUACAUGAGUCUUGGAACGAAUGUAAAGAGCGUUAUAUUGAAUAACGAAACAAAGAAAGAAUUUAUUACCGCGUUUUCGGAACUGCCGUACAUCGUAAUUUGGAAAUUCGAAGACGAGAUCCUCCCGGGACGGUCAGACAACGUGAUAAUCAUGAAGUGGACCCCACAGCAGUCCAUUUUAGCGCAUCCCAAUAUAAAAGUCUUCAUAUACCAAGGAGGACGUCAGAGUACAGAAGAGGCAGUCUUUCACGGUGUUCCCUUAAUCGGUUUACCAGUAAACGCUGAUCAGGAAGCAAAUGUUCACAAGAUGGUGUCACUUGGUGUGGGAAAGAAGUUGGACAUUUUUAACAUUAAUAGAUUCAAUCUAGUGAAAGCGAUACAAUCCGUUGCGUCUGACGGCAGCUACAAGCAACGGAUGUUGAAGUUGCGGGAUUUGAUGAAAGACAAGCCGUACGAUUUGAUGGAGAACGCGGUUUGGUGGACGGAACACGUGAUACGUCACAAGGGUGCUCCUCAUCUCCAUUCGACGACCGCCGACGAUCCUUGGUAUCAGCGGCAGGACAUGGACAUGAUUUUCAUCAUUACUAAGGCGAUUUUCGCGGUUUUUGGUACAACACUACUCGUGACGUACAAAUUAUUGAUUCAUGGUCGUCACGUAUUGUACUAUCAGCUGUCAGCCAAGAAAAAAACCAAAACAUCGUAA